AACAUGUCUCAUUCGAUUAUAAUUCCUAUAAACAACGUUACAAUCAUGUUGAAAUUGUUAACAUUUGUGUGUUUGGCAGUUGCCUGUCAGACGAAGAAUCUUGAUUCGGGUGAUUUAUUAUACGGAACGUAUAAAGUUGUAUACACAUCACCCGAAGCAACUCAACCAAUCCCAUGCACUGAAGUUGUUUUCUCGAAGCCUCCAGCAGAUGUUAACAUAAAUUGUAACUGCGAAAAUCCACCAAAAAAAGAAAUAAUAAUACAUGAAGAAGUUAAAUCAAGUCAGAAUAUGCAAUUCAAUUUAUUAGUUGAUUUUGUUGAUAAUGCCGAAGAUCUCGAAGCGACAGUAGCCAAUAAAUGUACUUGCACCCCAUCGAAUAGAUCAAGAACGAUAAUACAGAAAGGAGAAGGUGAUUAUUUGCUGCAAUAUGUACAAGGAGGUGAAAGAACAUAUGUUUUAGCUAAAGAAGUACCUAAGCCUGAGGAACUUAAAGCUUUUAUUAAUAAUUUACCGAACUUAAAAAAUACUAAAGGUACAGUAUUGUGCCCGUGAUUAUGUCCCCGGUAAUGUCUUUGUUAAGUUUCCACUGCGCAUACGUGUAUAGAAACAUUAUUUAUCUCUGUUAAAAAGAAUGCAGGGAAUAAUAAUA